GCAGGCUAAGUCAUUUGCAAGUAGCACAGUUCUCUGUGCAGCUCCCCAUUCAUUUCCUGAGAACUGCGAGAGCUCAGCAGCUGAGAGACAGAAGGGGAGGGAGCUGCGCACACAGAGAGAGAAAGAGAGCGAGCGAGAGAGAGAGGGAAGCGAGAGAGAGAGCGAGAGAUAGGACUGGAGAAGAGAACUGUUUCCUACGGCUCUGCAGCUUCUGACAAGACGGCCCGAGAACAGGAUGUUAAUGCUUGAUGGAAUGCCUGCAGUCCGAGUCAAAGCCGAGCCCCUGGAUUCGGAGCAAGGGUCCCCCAAAGUACACCGCUACCCCACGAUGGACGCUGUCCCCCUCCUCCUGAGCAAAGUCAAACCUGAACCUCCUGAGGACCUGCUCUCCCACGACCCUCAUUUCCAGACGCAGACCGAGCCUGUCGACCUGUCAAUCAACAAACCCCGCCCCUCACCCCCCUCCAUCACCUACACCGCUUCUCCUGUCACUUCUGCUUUCUCUCCGUCCUCCAUUUCUUCUUUAUCAUCGUCAUCCUCCUCUCCAUCUGUCAUCACAUCCGCCUCGUCCGUGCUCACACCCGGGCCCCUGGUGGCCCCUGGAGCCGGUGUCCAGGGUCAUCAUCAUCAUCAGCAGCAGUUUUUGCACAUCCUGCACCCUGUGCCGCAGCCACCCUCCAGCCCCCUGAACCUGGGAGGGGUACAGGGCAUAGGAGGAGGAGUAGGGGGAAAGAUGGGGGGCCACCACCUGCAUCGUAUCCCUGUGGUGGUACAGUCACUGCCCCUCAUGUACACCACAGCCGUGCGCUCGCCCUCCAGCCUUCACAACAAUGCCAUCAUGCUACCUCUGCUGGAUAAUCAUAAGAGCCACCAUAGCAAAGCAUACACAGACCACAACGGCUUGUCGCCGCGGCACAUCAAGAGUGACAGUGACGAUGAUGACUUGCCCAACGUAACCCUGGACAGUGUCAUCGAGACCGGAUCUACCGCUCUGUCUAUAGCACGCGCCGUACAGGAUUCCAUGUCACCAUUCAGUAUUGAGAGCAUACGGCACCCCCAGAGGUCAGAGUCGCCAGACUCCAAGAAGAGACGCAUCCACAGGUGUGACUUUGAGGGCUGCAAUAAGGUCUACACCAAGAGCUCCCAUCUAAAAGCACACCGGAGGACACACACAGGUGAGAAGCCAUACAAAUGCACCUGGGACGGCUGCACGUGGAAGUUCGCCCGCUCUGAUGAGCUGACGCGCCACUACCGGAAACACACAGGCAUCAAGCCCUUCAAGUGUGGAGACUGUGACCGCAGCUUCUCCCGCUCGGACCACCUGGCCCUGCAUCGACGGAGACACAUGUUGGUGUGAGACAGUUGCAGGGUGAUGAUGUCAUCAGACGAAGCAGAAACACACACUUACACACACACAUCGCCGCCGGGGGGAGCGGGGUCUCUCCCUCAAUGUGGUUCAGCUGGACUGGACACACUCCAUUGUUUGUCCGUGAGGCGGUGGGAAGAGAGGAGUGAAAUGCACAGAAAGGUGUCUGUCUGUCCACAGAGCAAAAAAAAACAAAGUCGGUUCUGGAUCCUCACUGACUGAGGAGGGUUGGAACCGGAGAAGGCUCUUUUGUUGUCAUUUUGGAGUUUGGAGUUUUUACGACAAUCUGUCUUUUUUCCUAGCACUGUUCUUAAAUGGUUUCACUUCUGAGUUUUUUUUGUAGAGCUGUUCUUCGUUCAUUUGGAAGGAAACUUGAAUCCCAAACGUUUUCUUCUUGGUGUCUUUGUUUUGGUUAUAUUGUUCAAAAUGGCUGCUUUUCUCGCGUCUAUAAUGUGAAAGAACUCUGCGGAUUGGAUGGCUGGAUGAAUGGAUGGAAGGGCUGUGUGCAUGUGUUUUGAAGUAUAGGGCAGACCUUGGCCUUGGAUUGGACAAUGAAAUAAACAGACACAGAUUCCGAUUCGCCUAUGGAAAGUAUUGUUGCACAGUUCCCUCCCUAUAGCAGCUUCCUGCAUCUCUGUGUUUCAGGACAACCGGCACCAGAGGACGCCAUCCACACAUAGAUUGUACCUAUAGAAACUGGUUUAAGUGUUCUAGAAUCAGUAUUCUAGAAUAAGUUCUAAUACCAGUGUUCUAGAAUCAGAAGCAUCAGGAGCAUCCCAAUGGACCAGUGAUAUAGAUGUGGAGUUGUUUUUGCUAUUUGUUUUGUUUUUCAUUCAAUGGAUCUUGUUAGCACACGAGAUCGACUCAACCACAUUGCGGUUCAUCACUUUUUCUUUUAAAAAAGUAACUUUAUUGGUGCAUUUUGUGCUGUGAUUAGCAAUCAGUAAAGUGCAAUCUCUUUGGGCAAAUAUAGUUUUAAUAUGGAGACUUUUAUUGUUUCUAGUUUAUUAUAUAUUGCUGUGUAUGCCUGCUUUUGAUACAUUUCACAAAGAAACAUCAAUCCACACCCCAAUGUACAAUGAAAAAUCGAAUGAACAUAUCCGGUAUGUGAAAACAACUUUGAAGCACCUUACAGAUUCACACCUAUGAUGAUUCCAUAAUAUUCAAGGAUUUUGUUUCAUAUCCCUGGUAUUUUCAGUGAAAGGGAUUGGCAUUGGCAUUGUGAUCAUUUGUGUGUUAGUAGUCUAGAGCUAAAGCAUAUUGGCUUUAGUUCAGAGGGCUAACCCGGCGCUCGGUUACUUUAGUUCAAUUGGAAAGCAAUACAUUCAGAACAGGGAAAUGUUGUUGUAUCCUGUUCCGGUUGCUGAUACCCGAAAUUACCCGAAAUUCCUCUGUUACACAUAUAUUUCUACAAGUGCCACUUUGUACUCUAUACUACAAAUUUCUAUAUUUCUACUGGAUUUGUAGCUACAGCACAAGGUUAUAGGCAAGCUCACUGUAAACUGUUUGGAAAAUGUCACAUUCAUUAUGGGUGGUUGAGGAGACCUACAUGUUUGUCAAACUUGGAAAAAUAUCCCCUUCUCUUUUCUACAUACUGUAGUACACGAUGCACACAGACAGUUGGCCCUGUAGCUUUGUCUGGCGGGUUGAGAGAGAGCAGUGUCUUUUUUAGUCACACAUACACAAAACAUGAUGUGAGGUCUUCAGAUCCAGCAUCAGGUCUACCUUUUCUUGCAGUUUGUCUUGCAUGUCCCUCAAUGACAGAUAUCCAUAUUACGGUCUCUACUGUCUCAUCUACCAUAUCUCAGAGUAAAGGUUUAUUCAACACACUAAAACCACAUUUUGAGCAGUCUCUGUACAUUGAUCAAAAAUAGAUUUACGGCUAUAUAGAGAUUUUUAUAUAACCAUAAAUAGAUUUACAACUAUAAUGCCUUCCAAACGUAUUCAGACCCCUUGGAUUUCUUCACAUUUUAUUGUGUUACAAAGUGGGAUUAAAAUGGAUUUAAUUGUAAUUUUCUGUCAACCAUAUACAUAAAAAACUCUUAUGUAAAACAUUUUAUUAAUACAAUAAAAUAUAGUAAUUGCAUAAGUAUUCAGCCCCUUUUGUUUAGGCAAGCCUAAAUUAGUUCAGGCGUAAA